AUGGAGGGUGAAGAAACAUUUGAUUCAUCAUUCCUUGGACAUGCUGAUGAAGUUGUGGAGGAAAGAAUUGCUGAUGAUGAUGUUAUUCUGGUGAAAGGCACAAAGAACACCAGCGCGGUCUCUAUAAUACUUAGAGGUGCAAAUGACUUCAUGCUUGAUGAGAUUGACCGGUCCUUGCAUGAUGCCCUGUGCAUUGUGAAGACAACCCUGGAAUCAAAUAUGGUUGUUGCUGGUGGUGGUGCAGUUGAAGUUGCGUUGUCAGUUUACCUGGAGAACCUUGCAACAACCCUGGGUUCUCGGGAACAACUGGCAAUUGCUGAAUUUGUUGAAUCUUUGUUAAUCAUACCAAAGGUACUAUAUGUUAAUGCUGCAAAAGAUGCAACUGAGCUUGUAGCAAAGCUUAGGGCAUAUCAUCAUACUGCUCAGACAAAGGCCGAUAAGCAACAUUAUUCAAGUUCAACUACGGUUUAUGCAAGUAGUUCAGAUCUGGCAAGUAGUUGUAGUGGUCAACUACGGUUUAUGCAAUGUGUCAUCUGUGUUACUUUGAUAUUAUCUUUGGCUGUUGUUGGACAUUUUGUCAGCUUGAAUGUAAAGGCUUAUUCUUCAAUUGAAUUAUGA